AUGCAGGAUCUAUCGAUCAUAACAAAUAUUAUUAAAGAGAAGUACACACAAUUCUGGCCGUCUUAUGGAGCUGUACAUGAAGAUGAUAAGGAAAAAUGGUUUCAGGCAUUUAAGGAGUAUUGUAUUUGGGAUGUUAGAGAUGAGGCCGCGAUUAAAGAAAACUUUCACUCCAAAUGUGCUGCUCGAUUUUCUGAUACUAUGAGGAAUGUUAGACUGAAAUGGGAAGCAAAAGGGACACGUCCACGUUGGAUAGGAGAAGAUAUAUUCCCAAAGCUUAUUGAUCAUUGGAAUUCUGAUAAGUUUAAGGAAAUAUCGGAGCAGGCAAAGAAAAAUAGAGCAUCUGAAGUUGGUGGCUGCAACUACGCAGCAGGAAGUAUUAGUGUGGCUGAAGUUGCGCGAAGAAUGCGUGAAGAAUUAGGCAGAACUCCACUUCUUAAUGAGCUUCACAUGGAGACUCAUCUCAAGAGAAAUGGAGAGUUUAUUGACGAGCGCGCAAAAAUCACACAAGAGAAUUUUGAUAAAGAACUUGCCCUAAAGUUGUCAGAGCAUCCUGAAAUACCUGAACCACCACCGGGGUAUCCUGUUGACCCUAGUAUUGGUUUUCAAACUUGGUAUAAGGUUUCAGGUGGAAAGAAGAAAAAUGGGAGAGUGUAUUGUGCUGGAGGGUAUUCCAAAAAUAUCAAGCGGCGUAGUAGAGAUUUCAAAAUGAGAUAUGCUGAUGGAGAAGGAUCAUCCACUCCACCUAUAUUAACCGCCGAAAUGCUUGAAACUGUGAGAAACUUGGCAAAUACUGAGGCAGCACAACAAGUAUCAGCAAGAAAUUUGGAAAUUGAAGAGAUGAAGAGAAAACAAUUAGAGAUGCAGGAGGAAAUGCAAAGAAGAGAAAGAGAAUUACGGGAAGAAAUGAGGAGAGAAUUUCAGGAAGAAUUGAGGAGGCAGGCACAAGAGUAUCAAGAAGCAAUGCGAAUUGCAAAUGAGCGGUCACAAAGGUUUGAUCAAUUUUUUGCUUCACAGAAUAUGGGUGGAGGUGGAUUUGGAGGAACUAGUGGAUAUGGAGGAGCUGAUGAAGAAGAGGAGGAACAAGAUGGGGGGAAUAAUUAA